AUGACCAUGAACAGGAAACGUAUUGAAAUUCUGGACAAGUUGCUGGCUAAUGGUGACAAGCUAGCUCCAGAAGAUAAGCUAUUUACCUAUAAAGGGAUUUUGUAUCCUCUUGCUGUUUGCAAGCCAGAAAAUUUCCAAGCUCUUGAAACCUUUGAAGCCAGAACAGAUGAUGUGAUCCUGGUAGGAUAUCCUAAAACAGGUGAGUAGCCAUCUUUUCCACCCUAACCAAAAUGUCUUAUGAAAGGCAGUAUAUGAAGAACAUAACCAUACAUGGAACAUAUUCUGUAUAAAAAACAAAUUACAUAGGUGCAGUUACAUAUAGCCAAGGAAUCUAAAUAGCCCAACCAUGAUGAGGAAAGAGUCACAGGAGGAGUACUUAUAUGACUCUCCCUAUUUAUAUACUAAAAAAUGGAGAACUGUCUGAUUUGGCUUCACCCCCAGACUACACAUUCAUGUCUGACCAUUAAUAAUUCCAUUACUGUCAGGAGGCAGAGGAACCAACCCCCGUGGCAGGUUUCCAGGAAUGGAUAAGACAAGGAAAAGUUCUUACCACCUGCCUUUUAUUCAACAUUUACAGAGAGAGGCUUGGAAACGCAGCCUCUUGGAAUGAUGGCAUUGCCCCGAGUAAAUCUCUCCUCCCCUUCUCUCCCACUUCCUCAUUCGUCAUCUAUUCUACGGGUGGUCUGAGGCCUCUUGGCUUCUGAGCCCUCCGCUCUCCUACUUUCAAGGCUCACCAGGUUCUGGGAGGGGGGGGGGUCUGGAAUGCUUUCUAAAGUCACAUGUGGAAUAGAUUCCCAUCCUUAUGGUUACAUCUCCAGUACUUACUACUGGUUUUUUGUUGUUGCUCAUUUUCGCCAAUUUUCGCCAAUAUACAUCAUUUUUAAAAAAGUUUUCUUUAUUUAAAUAGCAGGCUGAAAAUUUGAUAUCAUAUUUCCAAAGAUUUUCCCAUUUCUCCAAUUCUAUUGUAUAUCUGAAGUCUUGGGCCCAUUUUGCCAUUACAUCCUUACAUCCUUAACAAUUUUGUCUUUUAAAUGCCAAUUUAAUCAUAACUUAUACAUUUUGGAUAAAUUAUUUGUGGUCAGUGUCCUUGAGCAGCAGGGAUUUCCAUGAGCAAGUUAUUAAAAAGAAGCAUGAAGCACAUACCCCAGACAUUUUGCAUCUCAUUCAGGUACAAACUGGCUUGAAACCAUGCUACGUGACUUGGAAUUCAGGGCUGGGAAAUAUACAGAAGAGGAAUAUAAAAGAAGAAUGGCAAUUGAAGAGGAAUUGGCAGUGCCUCCACGUCUUGAGUUUGAGGAUCUAGAUGCCAUCAAGGUUAGUUCAUCAGCAAUCAGACCAUCACUGACAUUAAUUAGUCUCUGAAAAGCAGACAGAUAGUGUUCAUUGUCUAGGAGAACCACUCUUUUAAAAAAUGAGUUUAGGAAGCACCAGACCACCUUGAAUGGCAUGCAGAUCUUUGUCACCCAAGGAGCAGACAUUUGGAUUCCUGUGCUAGAGGGAAAUAACACUGGCCUUUCUCCAUACAUGAUGAGCUCAUGUCAACCAACAGCACACACUCUUUCCAAUCAAUUGGGUGUUCAACUUAUCUGUUCAACUUACUGCAGAGCCACACCACACAUUUAACUUCCCUCAAAGAAUCCUGAAAACUAUAGUUUGUUACAGUUGGGAACUGUUUGUUUGCUGGGAAUUGUAGCUCUGUGAGCUCUGUUACAAAUGCACAAAUGCACAUUGAACAUACUUUAAAUGUACAGUGGGGGUCUGCCUUAAUGCUUUCCCCAGCACAUUUUGGUUUUGGGGAAAACCUUUCAUGGAGAUUUUGCUUAUAUUUGUGUGUGUGUGUGGGGGGGAAUUGCAUCACUUUGGGGUGAGGGGAGUAAUAUUUUGAUGAGGUGGCCAGUUUCUGUCUUCUCCCCUAUUUUUAACUACAGUCAUACCUCAGGAUAAAUAUGCUUCAGGUUGAGCGCUUUCGGGUUCCGCUCCGCGGUGCACCGGAAGUAACGGAGCAUGUUACUUCUGGGUUUCGCCACUCGUGGAUGUGCAGACGGUCAAAAUUCGCAUCCUGAGGUACCACUGUAUAAGAAGCUGUGGCUUGGUAGCAGUUGCCAGGUGAUUACGUAGCGUCAUCCUGAGGGGCACAGAUGGCCAAGCCAAAGUAUUCAUGGCCUGAUGGACACAGUGUCUCUGAGGCAAGUUUAUUUAUGUAUGAAACGUCAAUUCAUGGUACAGUCGCAUGUAUUCCCAUCUCUGACAUUUAUUCUUUUUAGCCUAAAAGUAGAUUGAAGACAUGGGGCAUAAUAAUAACAUGUACCAGGGAGGUACAACCUCACCUGAAGUCAUGGAAGAGGGUUUGCAAUUUUUGCUUGGUUUAGACUGGAGAUGCACUUCCCCCUGCAGAUGUUGAUUUCACUGUGUCAUUUGUAUUAACAGCAGCACGAAUAAACUGUUAUGUAAGCUGAGAAAUCUGCCAGUUCCAGAAAUCUAGCUCAUCAUCGUGUUUCUUUUUCCUUUUUCCUGGUCAGUUGGCAGUUUAUCCAUCAUUCUUUAAGACCAGGUUUUUUUAAAAAAUAACUGUAAAAUACUGAUAACUGUGCACAAAAUCAAAGAGUUGUAUUUACAUGACACGUAUUCAAAAAAUGUCUCCUAGAACAGUGGUAGCUGUGCUUGAAAAUCAGAAUUGGGAAGAGCCCUUUGUGUGUUAUGUAGACAUAUAGGAACCAAGCAGGCUAGGGAUUAAAUAAAUAAAAUAAAAAUAGAUCUAGUGAAAAAUCUGGAAGGAAAUGUUUCCAUUGCAAUCCAUACUACAAUGUAAUGAAGAAAUGAACUGAUUAAAUUCAAAAUUGACCACAGUGUUUAUUUCCUAUCUUAUUUAAGAGGAUGACGAAAUUACCUUCCAGAAGGAUCAUAGUAACUCAUCUCCCUCCUCAUUUACUCCCCAAAUCUAUUUUCAAAAGUAAAGCCAAGGUGAGUACAUGCAUCUUAUAGUAUUUCAGCUAAGACUGCGUUACUACAGCAUUCACUUAAAUGUUAUUUGAGAGCAUUAAGAGCACAAUCUUAAAGCGUGAUUUAUAUCUUUGUGUUUCAGAUACUGGUGCUGACUCGGAAUCCCAAAGAUACAGUGGUGUCUUAUUUUCAUUUCAACAAUAAUUUUCCUGGCUUUCCUAAUGCAACAUGGGAUGCAUAUUUCACAGAUUUUAUGAAUGGACAAGGUAUCCUUUUUAUUUUACAGCAAAUGUAAAAAAAAAACAUAUGCAAGAGUAGUUCAUGGUAUGGGAAGAGAUUCUGGAUCCAGCACCCCAUUUUGAUAUCUAGGUGGAAGCAGAAGCCUAGAGUAUGUACUGUCCACUUUGGUUAAUAUGCCAGCUUCAUCCUUUCCCAGAGACUUAGGACCUAAACACAGUCAAGAAUGCUAUGGAAAGAAGGGAGCCAACUUGAAUAAAAUAUCGGGAGGGGCAGGUAAGCCCUGCCCCGCAUAAUCAAUCUCAGGAUGUAGCACACAGACACAAUCUGAAUGGAAAUGUCCAUCAACUUUGGGUGGGAACUCAAAUAUUUUAUGGGGGGAGGGUGAAGUAUAUUAAAAUACAAUAAUUCAUCAAAUAUAAAAAGCGUCCCUAAACAGGGCUGCCUUCAGAGGUCUUCUAAAAAUCAGAUAGUUGUUUAUUUCUUUGACAUCUGAUGGGAGGGCGUUCCACAGGGUGGGCGCCACUACCAAGAAAGCCCUCUGCCUGGUUCCCUGUAACUUCGCUUCUUGAAGGGCCUUGGCGCUGGACCUCAGUAUCCAGACCUAGACCUACAUGAGCUGCGCUGUUUGCCAGUACGUAUCUAAGCUAAUUUCAAUGUGCUGGUUUGAACCUUUAAAAUCCUAUAUUGUCAGGGCGGGUAUCGGGAGCAGGUCAGCAAUAACUCACAAUGUGUUGGUGAAGUUAACUCUUUAUUCAAAGAGACAAAACAGCUCAGGUCUAGUGAGCACAGCAACUCCUCCCAUUAGAUCUUGCCCCAAUGAGGCAGUUGCAAGGACUAAAGGUUCCCCCGCCUUCCCGCAGCUGCCUAAGACUACUCCUCCCCCAAUUCCUUUCCGAGCAAUCUGAGGCUCCAUCACCUUGCCUGCCUCUACUCUGCCCUCUUCAUACCACUGUGGGUUCUGGGAGACCAGGGGGGUACCUAGUUGCAGCAGGAGGGGAAGACCCCCUGGAUUCUUCAGCAGCCUGCCUGAUCUUUGCCUCUUGACGCCUCUCCUCUCCAGUCUCCACUUCUGCCUCUGAUUCUGGACUGCUCUCUGCCCCAGCCUCUUCCUGCUCACUAAACCCUUUCCCCUCUUCAGCUUCCGACACCCCCUCUUCCCAGCCUGCUCCCUCUUUUCCCAUUGUCCCACCACCAAUCCCCUGGCUCUGAGCUAUCAUCACUUGGAAACCAUCACUCCCUUGGGAACCAGCUGGUGCCUCCCACCACUCCUGUGCAUCCAGCCAGUCCAUGACAGCCAUGCAUGUAUAUGCCUUCUUAAAACAUCCAUGUCCACAUGAAUGGGAAUGCCAGUCCAAUGAGAGUUCCCACAUGUGUGCAUGCUGGUGAGUUUAUGUGUGUAUGCUAACAGUGAGCUUAAAGUUCUCAGAUAGUUUUUGUGUUAAGGAUCUAAGGUGUAUGUGUGAAUUCUAGGGGGCUCUGGGCAUGGAAGAAACCAGGGAUGAUGCCACAAAAAUGGUGAAGAUGUUUUGGCGAGCUUAUUCUGGUAGGGUACUGGUGGGUCACACAUUCUUUCCAUUCAGAAUGACAUAAAAUGCUGUGUCUGGAUUUGGGAGAAAAGUUGAAAAAUAAAGCCACUAGCUUCUGUGCACCAAAAGGAAACCGCUAAGAACCUCUUAAACCCCCACACAAAAAGGAAAAACUGAUGAAAUGCUCCUCUAGUUUAUAUAGUUUCUACUUCAAUGUGUUUGUUGUGGAAAACAGUGCUGCUUCCCUCAGCAAUUCUAAUUUGUAUAGCUGAAUUUGCUUAUAAUGAUAAGCUUUAAAAUGUUGAUAUCAUGCAGCUUUCUUCUCCUUUUUAUCCAGUGUGUUGGGGCUCCUACUUUGACCAUGUCUCAGAAUGGGACAAGUACGUUGAUGAUGAAAAUGUCAUGGGCAUAUGUUACGAAGAACUUAAGGAGGUGAGGUUAACAUUAGCCCCAGGGAUAUCAAAACUAGGUUUCUUUGUGAACUGCUGUCGAAGAGAUAAAUGCACAAGGACACUUUAUAGGUGAAUGUCCUGUCUGUGAUGAGUGCAUACAGACUGUAAGGGCCGUCCUAUUCUCGUGUAGGACCCUGAUAGAGACACAUGCCCGACUCGCAUGUUCUCUCCAUCCUGGUCUGUCAUUUGGGAGCUUCCAAAGCUUUCUUCAGCCCGAACACCACAGCGACUGAUACCAAGAAGCAUCAGAACACUUAGGGAUCCACAGAGUAUUUGCAGCCAAAACAUUCUGUCUCCAUCACUUCCCACUCUGUGGAAUGAAAACAUACACCAUCAUGUGAUAGACAACAAUCCCAUGACUCCAAACAUGGAGCAGGAAUCUGAACAUGGACAUGUCAUUACAUGUCUGACUGUUUUCUGAAAUGCUCAUAACACAGAUGUUGUGUAGGCUUGUGGCUGGCAGCUAAGCCAAAGAGAUGGUUUCUUCUGGCCAGAGUUUUGAAAGCAAAAGCAUGUAUUAGGCUAGAAUACCUCUCAACGGAUACCUAGGUCACUCUACACCUGUCCCUAUUACAAGGCCAGGAGGAAGCGGGGCUGAUACCACAGCUGAAGAACCCACUUGUUUUUUUUUUUUUAAGAAUAUUUAUUCCAAUUUUAAGAUUACAUAGAAAGAAAAAAGCAAAAAAAAGAAAAACAAAUCACAUACGCCCUACAGAGAAAAAACAACACACGUUACAAAAAAUAUAUAUAUAUAUACAAAAGACAAAAAAUCACAAUGCAAAAAUAACAAAAAAUCAAAUUAAACCAUUAAGAUCAUUUUCCCAUUUACUUAUUUCCGAGACUUCCUCUCACUUCUCUGCUUUGUAUUCUAAUUUAAGUCGUAUCUCCAGCAAACCCUUCUAACCUUCUUUUCAUUAACUUGAUUUAACAUUCAAAAAUAUUUAAUUCUCCUCUAUUUUUUAUUUUACACUACAUAUUUACUUAUUUCAUUAUACUCUGUCUGCCAAUACGGUCUAAUAUUCUUCUCCAACCUUUUCUAACAUUCUCUUAUAUUACAGUAUUUCUGAAGAUAUGUUUUAAAUUUUUUCCAAUCUUCUUCCGUCGACCCUUCUUCUUGGUCUCGUAUUCUGCCGGUCAUCUCAGCCAGUUCCAUAUAGUCUAUCACUUUUCUCUGCCAUUCUUCUCGGGUAGGCAAUUCUUGUGUCUUCCAGUAUUUCCCAAUGAGUAUUCUUGCCGCUGCUGUCGCAUACAUAAAGAAAUUCCUGUCUUCCCUUCGCACCAAUUGGCCGACCAUGCCCAAGAGGAAGGCCUCUGGUUUCUGCUGAAGAACCCACUUGAGUGAGUUUCUUUUUAUAUGACAUUGGUCUCCACCUUCAGCGUAGAGUUAAAACAUCAUUUUUAUUUUUAUAUUUUAAAGCAAUGUUAUUUUAAAAUAUAACAAAAAGAAAGGGAAAAAACAUUGCCAGGUGACAUACAAAAAAAAAAUCCAUCAAUCCUAAUUUAAACAUACAGCUUCAUAUGUCCAUAUGCCUAAAUAGGUAUUUAAAUGAGAUUGACAAAAGGGUAGUGAAAUCUUUGGACUACUGAGUAGUAGAUGAUGUUGGGUUAAUUUAACAGACACAUUACUUUUGCUCCACUAUAGAUGUAAUGUUUUUGACAUAUGCAAUAUGCUCUCUCUUGUUUAUGAAAAAACAAAAGGAUCUACAAUCAGGAUUGCAAAAAAUAGCUAAAUUCUUUGGGUUUUCCCUGACUGAAGAAGAAAUUAAAAGUGUUGCCGAAAAAGGCAGCUUCAAAGCUAUGAAGCAGAAAUCUGCUGAAACACAUGGAGCAUUUGGAGAUGUUCUUUUCCGCAAAGGUAAAUUUCUAGGGUAUGGUGGGAGUUAAUAAGAUUGUUCACCAAUAGUUGCCUGCUAAGUGAUCACAACUAUCUACAGUUACUUAUCAAGUUAUAUUUUGUGUAUGUUUUUGUAAAGUAGGGAUGCCACAAAGGGUUGCAAGGUUUAAUUUUCAGUCCAGACCUGUGAUUUCAAGGCAAGUUAUCAUUCUGUGUUAUCAUUCAAGAACACAGUGUAAAGGAAUAGGAAUCCAUGUUUGAAUGAAUAAAAUCAGCUCAGAAGUUGUUGAGGUUUGUGAUGGAGAAAAGGCUACCAUCACCAUGUCUCUGGUAUCAACAUGCAGCAUCCUGGGGAACUUCCUCAUGCCCCAUUGGGACCCCCUUCUAAUGCCUGCUCUGGAGUCUCCUGUCCAUAUAUUUUUUCCCCAGUAGUGGACAGCACUGAGCAACUGAGAGCCACCACUUAGAUUUCCCACAAUGAUUUGAUUCUGCCCCCUGUUUCCAAGAGCUAAGAGGGCACCCAUGGUAUAUGGGGGACUUGGCAUGGGAGGGAUCCAUCAGAAGGAACUAUACCAAGGUCCCCCUCACACCAUCAGGCAGUCCUGUCUUUUGUGUCUCCUACUUUGGUGUCAGAAGUAGUUAAAUUGGAUAAUACAUUUUAAAAGAGAAACAGGUGGUGAUUUUUCAAAUAUCACUUGGACAUACAUCCCACAAGAGAUGGUUGGAGAUUGUGGAAUAGGAUGUCCCUGAGUCCUACUUUACAGAAGACGGUGAUCUAUUUUUAAUAGCUGUUCCUAGCCGUUCUCUAGCUAAAGGUGUCCUCUGUUUGAGGGCUGUCCAGUCCAAGGUUGGCAAGUCACUCGGGGUAUUCCUCAAUGUAUUUCUAUUCAAAUGUAUGCAAAUCCACUUUUUUUGACAUUGCAUAAUUGUCUACCCUAUUGUGAAGCGAGAACCAAUCCACUAUCCUCUUUUAAAGUUAAAUUUGAUUUACCGUAGUUGCAAUGAAAAGUUCCUUUGUAAAAGACUGCCAUCACACUGCCAUAAUUUUGCUGCUGUCUUGGCCGUCUGCUCCCUUUUCAAGCAAGUCACAGUAAGCUGCGUCUGGGAAGCCAUUGCUGCAAAUCCACCCCACUGAAGAGACUCCAGCUUAAUAAAAUACCUUCUGAAUAUACCGUAUGUUAAAACUAUUCAUUUAUCUUAAAUGUUUGCAGGAUCUGUCGGUGACUGGAAAAGCCUGUUCUCAGACUCUCAGAACCAAGAAAUGGACAGAAGGUUUGAAGAAUGUUUAGCCAAAAGCAAACUAGGAGCAAAGAUGAAGUAUGAGGUUUACUGCAAGAUCUGA